AUGAGCCCUUGUAUCUUCUCCUGCGUUCUUUGCGGAUACGUAAUCUGUGACUAUGAGAACCCAACGUCUUGGUUGAAACAAUUUCGUAUUCUCUACUCCAGUCGAGAGCGCAUCGCGAUCACAGGAGUUGGCCUUUACAAUGACCCUGACGGCGGCGAUUGGAUAGCCCCCUUAAACUUCGCCGCACGCUGGGACGACGCGGGAUACAACUCCCCAACUCAUGACCAGAUUGGAGUGAUUCGACAGCACCCAGUUAACGAUCGAUACGGCUUUCCCUUUCAUGAAGCUUGCUGGUCACUUCUGGAGAAAGCCCAUUCCCCCGAGUCAAUCCCCUGUAAGGCUCUCUUUGAAGUUUGCCGGUCGCUACCAUUUCCAUCGGAAGGGACUGGCCUCAGCUGGGGCCACGAUUUCGAGGGGUUAGUCCUCGUGGAUAACCAAGACCGCUAUUCUUGGGAGGAUCGCUUCGUGGACCGAAGCGGUGACUGGGCGCUAUUCCUGGGUGCAAGGAACGAUCCCUACCAUGUCCCGGAGAUCCAGCAACUCCCCGAUGAAUAUUUCCAAGCUCCGCCGGCUAUAAGCUCCUUUAGACCGGUAACAACGGUGGUUGAUUGUUUUGCAGCGCUUCCUGAGGAGAUUCGUAUUGCGAUUGCAUCUAACUUGCCAACAGUGGAUGCUCUGAACACUCGUCGAGCUUCGAGAUCGUUUCUGUCUAUCUUCUACAACCAACAAUUUUGGGCCUCCAGAUUUAGGGCCAACGCUGACCGUUCUUGGCUUUUCGAGUCACAGGAGUGGGGUAAUGCACAUGAAUGGAGAUGGUUGUAUCGUCUUACAAAUAAGAGUCACCGCACUCGAGGGAUGCAAAAUCGAGAAAGGGUCUGGAAAUUGAUCCAACGCGUCCGGGGAACACUACCUUUGCGAUGGAUCGAACCAUCUGUACUCCCUUCUCCUAGUCCUAUUCCAGCCAGUUUAAGAUGGCUAGAGGCAACUGGCGAUUUACGGCUCGAGGAACGCACCAGGCCGUAUCACGGCUUUAACGAAGGCUGUCGUCUGUUCUACGAGCAACAAACAUCCAUUCCUACUUUACUUUCUCAGAUUGCAUUCUCUGUCAUUCGGCUUGGAGAUGCUGAAUACAUUACCGGAAUGAGGCUUAUCCCCAGCCAAGGAGAAGUCAUACAAUUGGGAUACAGGACGGAAGGGAGAGAGCGCUUUCUGGAUAUUAAAUUCCUAGCGGGGUUCAACUUUGGCCGUAAGAUCAAGAGGCAUACAAGGUAUCCAAUGCAUUGCCGACGACAGGCAAACGUCACAAUGGUUUGGAUGUCCGUAUGGGGCUCUGAGAACGAGGCGUCUCGCGGUUUCUGGCCCUAUAACAGCUAUCAAAGCUGGGUUCGACAGUGCGUCCUACUUGCUACCGAGAAGGCGAUCGAAGAAAGCAAAUCACUUCGAGAUUCCGCAUUUUGGUAUCCUGAAAUUCCAGGGAUUGGUUUGUACCUAAACGAUAAUUGUUUCGUAGCACGAGACUCUUCAACAGCCAGGUAUCAGCCGCUGUGCUGGACUAUGUUUGGAGGACUCGGAGGUAUAUAUCUCCGCCAUUUAACCGGGAUUUCUGUCACCUGCUUAGGCACACUACGUGGCAUCGAGUUCCACUAUAAUACUGAGGACGUCCCAAUCGAAUGCCGCAAGCUGGGGCGGUACAGAUCUUCCAAAUACGCCAAGGUCAUACACUUUUCCAUUGAUGGUCCUGCUGGAGAAGUCAUCGACGCCAUUGAGGUAUAUCUCAGGUACUUCGUCGGCGAAAAUGUGCUUUGGUUCUACAAACACGGGGCAUUGGAAUCAUUCAAGAUUUCUACGAAUCGUGGGAGAUCUUGCCACUUCAGACAGGAAGAGUCUGCUAUGACAGACAACUUUGUGGAAAAGCCUAUAAUGAUUGCUCCGGGGACCACCAUUAACUGGUUUUAUUGGAGUCAGCAUGAAAAUAGCCUUACUGCUGUAGGGGCGAUCUUGGAGGUGAUUGGAGAGGAGCAUAGGGGAGCAUCACUAGCUAAAUAGGGUACGGAGCAAUUACGGAGGCGGGGGAAGAGGUGCAAUCAUGCGAGCAGCGACAGUAGAGCAACAUACUUCAACGGAAAUGGGUUAUUAUUUGCGGUCACGAGCAAGAUUCAUGCAGUUGUUACACUUUUGCUCGCAUUAAUCUUGCAGCAAUUGGCGAGAAGCAAC